AGCAAAAUUAAAAUGAAAUCAAUGAGGGGGGUUUGAACUUUGAACUUUGAAUCCUUCUUUCGCCGUUCGCCGUUCUCCUUCCUUUUCCUUGGCUAUUCUUUGCACGACCAACUCAUACAUAGACAAGGGAACGGCGAGAAGUGUAGCUUGCUGCGUUAACCGAUCGAAUUCUGUUUCUGAUUUAGCACCUGUCAUUGUUCAUUCUGGUUUACUUUACGGAAUUCCUCUUCGAUCUGUGAUUCGAUUGAUAUUCUACAAUGAACGGAUGGGAUAGGGUUAGGCCAUCGAGGUCAAGGCUCGGUGGGUCAAGAGCUACUUCCAUGAGCUCGUUUGGGAGUGAACGCCACUCUUCCUCGCAAACCAUUCAUCUAGGUCGAGUCCAGCCCCAGGCUCCAGGUCAUCGCACGAUCUACUGUAAUGAUCGAGAGGCCAAUCUUCCCGUUAAGUUCAAGGGGAAUUCUAUAUCGACCACAAAAUACAACAUUUUUACCUUUUUGCCGAAGGGAUUGUUUGAACAGUUCAGGCGUGUAGCUAAUUUAUACUUUCUUAUGAUCUCUAUCUUAUCUGCAACACCAAUCAGUCCUGUCCAUCCUAUAACAAAUGUGGUCCCAUUGAGUCUGGUGCUUUUUGUCUCCCUUGUCAAAGAGGCUUUUGAGGAUUGGAAGCGCUUGCUUAAUGAUAGGGUGAUAAAUAGUUCACCUAUAGAUGUAUUGCAAGAACAGAAGUGGGAAAGUAUUCCCUGGAAGAAGCUCCAAGUUGGGGAUAUUGUUAGGGUUAAGCAGGACGGCUUCUUUCCUGCAGAUCUCUUGUUCCUUGCAAGUACAAAUCCAGAUGGCAUCUGCUACACUGAGACUGCAAAUCUUGAUGGUGAAACAAAUUUGAAGAUUAGAAAGGCACUUGAAAGGACUUGGGAUUACUUGAUUCCUGAUAAGGCCUCCGAAUUUAAAGGUGAAAUACAAUGUGAACAACCAAAUAAUUCACUGUACACUUUCACUGGCAACCUUAUAGUAAAAAAGCAAACGUUGCCUCUUUCUCCAAAUCAAAUAUUAUUGCGAGGUUGCAGUCUUCGAAAUACAGAAUAUAUAGUUGGAGCUGUAAUAUUUACUGGCCAUGAAACAAAGGUUAUGAUGAAUGCUAUGAAUGUUCCUUCCAAAAGGAGUACUUUGGAGAGGAAACUUGACAAGCUUAUACUUGCUCUUUUCGGUGGUCUUUUCUUUAUGUGUCUCAUUGGAGCCAUUGGCAGCGGUGUGUUCAUAAAUCGCAAGUACUACUACUUAGGCCUCAGUGAGAGUGUGGAAGAUCAGUUCAACCCUAGCAACAGAUUUGUGGUUGCUAUCCUGACUAUGUUUACCCUAAUUACGUUGUACUCAACAAUCAUCCCCAUUUCUCUUUAUGUUUCUAUUGAGAUGAUCAAAUUUAUUCAGUCGACUCAGUUCAUCAACAAGGACUUGCAUAUGUAUCAUACUGAAACCAACACUCCUGCAUUGGCACGGACAUCUAAUUUGAAUGAGGAGCUUGGUCAGGUUGAGUACAUAUUUUCUGACAAAACGGGAACUUUAACAAGAAACUUGAUGGAAUUCUUUAAGUGCUCAAUUGGAGGAGAGGUGUAUGGAACUGGUAUCACUGAAAUAGAAAGAGGAGCAGCUCAGCGAAGUGGCAGAAAAUUUGAGGAGGUACAAAAAUCAGCUAAUGCAGUGCAUGAAAAGGGUUUCAAUUUUGAUGAUGCUAGGCUUAUGCGAGGUGCUUGGCGGAAUGAAUGUAAUCCCGAUACUUGCAAGGAAUUCUUUAGAUGCCUUGCUAUAUGCCAUACUGUGCUUCCAGAAGGUGAUGAAUCUCCAGAAAAGAUCACAUAUCAGGCUGCAUCUCCAGAUGAAGCCGCUCUAGUUACUGCUGCAAAGAACUUUGGUUUCUUCUUUUAUAGGCGCACACCCACCACUAUCAAGGUUCGUGAAUCACAUGUAGAAAAGAUGGGUAAAAUCCAAGAUGUCUCUUAUGAGAUUUUGAGUGUUUUAGAGUUCAAUAGCACAAGGAAGCGUCAGUCUGUUAUCUGCCGUCACCCAGAUGGAAGACUCGUUUUGUAUUGUAAGGGUGCUGAUUCUGUCAUAUUUGAAAGGUUGGCAGAUGACAAUAGUCAGGUCAAGAUUUUAACUAGGGAGCAUUUAGAACAGUUUGGAUCUUCUGGUUUGCGUACACUUUGCCUGGCAUAUAGGGAUUUGAGUAAUGACCUAUAUGAAAGAUGGAAUGAAAAAUUCAUCCAAGCAAAAUCAUCCUUACGAGACCGUGAAAAGAAGUUGGAUGAGGUGGCAGAACUAAUAGAGAAGGAGCUGAUUUUGAUUGGAUGCACUGCUAUAGAAGAUAAACUUCAAGAUGGAGUUCCUGCCUGCAUAGAAACACUUUCUAGAGCUGGAAUCAAGAUUUGGGUGCUAACAGGGGACAAGAUGGAAACGGCAAUAAAUAUAGCUUAUGCGUGUAGUUUGAUCAACAAUGACAUGAAGCAAUUUGUCAUCAGUUCAGAAACUGAUGCAAUUAGAGAAAUGGAAAGCAGGGGUGAUCCUGUGGAGACUGCACGCUUUAUCCGAGAAACAGUUAAACAAGAGCUGAGAAAAUGUCUUGAGGAAGCACAACAGCAUCUACAUACUGUAUCUAAACAGAAGUUGGCACUUAUAAUUGAUGGGAAGUGUUUGAUGUAUGCAUUGGAUCCAGCUUUACGGGGAAAUUUACUUAACUUGAGCUUGAAUUGUAGUGCAGUAGUUUGUUGCCGUGUUUCUCCACUGCAGAAAGCACAGGUGACUAGCUUGGUUAAAAAAGGUGCAAAGAAGAUAACACUUAGCAUUGGAGAUGGUGCCAAUGAUGUUAGCAUGAUUCAAGCUGCCCAUGUUGGCAUUGGGAUAAGUGGGUUAGAGGGAAUGCAGGCUGUCAUGGCUAGUGAUUUUGCAAUUGCUCAGUUUCGGUUCCUUACAGACUUGCUUCUUGUGCACGGCCGAUGGUCAUAUCUUAGAAUUUGCAAGGUUGUAACAUACUUUUUCUACAAGAACCUUACAUUUACUUUGACUCAAUUUUGGUUCACCUUCCAAACUGGGUUUUCUGGUCAGAGGUUCUAUGAUGAUUGGUUCCAGUCUUUGUAUAAUGUUAUUUUUACAGCUUUGCCUGUGAUCAUUGUUGGACUUUUUGAUAAGGAUGUCAGUGCUUCGCUUUCUAAGAAGUAUCCUGAGCUAUACAAGGAGGGAAUAAGAAAUACCUUCUUCAAAUGGAGAGUUGUGGGGGUUUGGGCUUUCUUCUCUUUGUAUCAGUCACUGAUCUUCUAUUACUUUGUGACUAUUUCUAGUCGUGGUGGCCAGAAUUCUUCAGGCAAGACAUUUGGGUUAUGGGACAUCAGUACCAUGGCCUUUACUUGUGUUGUGGUAACUGUCAACUUGCGUCUUCUUAUGGCCUGUAAUUCAAUCACAAGGUGGCACCACAUUAGUGUUGCGGGUAGUAUUUUGGCAUGGUUUGUUUUCAUCUUUCUUUAUUCUGGAGUUAUGACACCAUAUGAUCGACAAGAAAAUAUAUUUUUUGUCAUCUAUGUCUUAAUGAGUACAUUUUAUUUCUAUCUCACACUUCUCCUUGUCCCCGUUGUUGCACUUCUUGGAGACUUCCUUUACCAAGGGCUUCAAAGAUGGCUCUGGCCCUAUGACUAUCAGAUUAUUCAGGAAAUGCACAGGGAUGAUCCUGAUGACAGUAGCAGGACAGAGUUGCUGGAAAUUGGGAACCAGCUGACACCAGAUGAGGAAAGGAGCUAUGCAAUCUCUCAGUUACCAAAAGAAAAAUCAAAGCACACAGGUUUUGCUUUCGACUCACCAGGCUAUGAGUCAUUCUUUGCUUCGCAACAAGGUGUUUUUGCCCCACAGAAGGCCUGGGAUGUUGCCAGAAGAGCCAGUAUGAGAUCACAACCGAGGACAGAAAAAACAUAUUGAAUUAAAAAGUAUAUGUACAUCUUCUUUAACCAAAAAAAUUUGUAAAAAAUAGCUGUCAUAUCAUAGUUUCAGUUCGUUGCCCAUUUUUGUUACUCCACCCAGUGAGCCCUUGAGGAAUUCAUAGUGUUUUUAGGAGUCAUUUACGAUUUUCAGUAUUACAUUGGUCCAAUUAAUACAAAUGACAUUCUUUUUCAUGUAAAAUAUUUUUAUGUUUCCAAUCUAAUUUACUGGUGAUUUGAGAUGUAGGUUAA